UUAUUAGUAAUACUACAUUAUAAAUUAUUGUCUAUAAAGUAUUAAUGUUGUAGUAACGCUGUCUUUAGUUUAGUCCUCCUUUAACAGUUGAACUUGAAGAGUAACCUAAAAUUCCCAGCUAGAUGAACCUUGUGAGAUAUUGGUAUUGUGGCCAAAAAAAAUUAGAUGUUGAAAAUUCCUCAAGUGAUAGUUUAUGGCAGUAGCUUAAAGUGCUUUUGUCAAAAUGCAAGGAUUUUCUCCUCCAAAAUAUCAUCAAAGUCAGCUUUUUUUCCAUCACUGGCUGAUAAACAAACACGCACAGAAAAACAAAUUCCUGACAGGGAGAUUAGUUUAGUGGAGCCUAAAGACUUCCGUACACCCCUUCCUGGUGAUGUAGGUGUAGCACCACCAAACUUCUAUAGUAGAGCUUGUGAGACUCAAACAACAGCAAAAACUGAGCCAUUUAAAGUUUGUGAUGUUCUGACGAGAGAACUGGCUGAAGAUCGCCACCACAACGUUAUAUUUCAAUUUCUUAAUCUUCGAGCUGACGAGCAAGAGCUGUUCCCGAUUUCCUCGCAGUAUGCAAACAAACCUGCAGCAGAAGUUCUCGAAUGCAUAGCCUAUGACUGCCCUGCUCUUCUGAGAAAAGACUUUCAAGACUUGUUCCCAGGGCACGAGUUUCCUCAUGAUAAUCUGACUGUCUUAACAAUAUGUCAACGAACCAAGAAUGAUAUGACUAUUUGGAGUGAAGAUGUAGAGUUAGAACAAGAGGAACUAAAACAAUAUUUUAUGAACGUAGCACAUGAUAUAUGUAAGGUUCUAAGGGAAGCAGGAUAUUGGGCUGAUAUCAUAGAUCCAUCAUCUGGAAAAUUUUAUCAUGGCCCUUGCACCAAUGCUACUCUUUUUGAAACGAAUGAACGAUAUCGUCACUUUGGCUUUACAAUUGAAGACUUGGGUUGCUGUAAGAUGAUCUCUCAUCAUAUAUGGGGUACACAUGCUUUUGUCGGUUGUCUCUUCACAAAUGCUCCACUUAAAAGUCCCGAAAUUGAGGAUAUACUACAGAAACAAGAGAAAUUAGAUAGCAGUAACUAGUUUGAAAAAGUUUUUUUUAAGUGGUACUUGUUCAUCCAUAUCUCAGCAAAGUAAGAUUUUUUUGCUAAUAUGCUGUUUUCUUUAAUUGUAAAUUGUUUGGAGCUAAGUAUUAGUUCAUUUAUAUCACGAAUAUAUUAACAGCUUUUAGGUAUAACCAAUUUUAAAAACUUUUAUUAGUAUGAAAGCUAUAUGCUUGGAAAUAGCUGCAUAACAGAGUAAUAUAGUAUUUAUCAUUGUACUUGAAUUAUGUUUAUUCAAGUUAUUACACUUUUCAUUAGAAAUUGUGCUGGAAAUUUGUCCUUUUUAGAAAUCGUUAAGCUGGUAUAAAAAUGUAUACUUCAUAACUGUAGUGUGUCAAGUUUUUGUGCUUGUUAAACGUUUCUUUUUAAACUCUGUAACAGUUUCUACUUGUGACUAGAAUAAAGAUUUUUUUUAUUUCACAGUUAAACUUGCAUAAACACAGUCAAAGUAAACAUGUAUAAUACCAUUGUUACUGUGCUAACUAUUUAUUUUAUUUAAGUUAUAGUUACAAACAGUGUUUCCAUAUGUAGUAUAAGCUUGUGUUUUUUUUUAACAAACAUUUUUAAAAGAACAUUGUUUGUUACACAGUUAUAGAUUUAAGAAAAGCAGCUUACUUUAUCCAAAAUUGGUGAAACUGCACAUCUAUUGGUGACUAUUAAAGAUAUUUUAAUAAAUUCUCAAAUAAUAAUCUAUCUUGAUCUUUAUUUUCUGAGCACAAUUGAAUAAAACAAAUUAACUUCUUCUUCUUCUUUGGAAAUGUUUUAUUAUAACCAUGUACUUCUGAUCAAUGUGAUAUCAUGUGGUAUGAUAAUGCAACAUCUAACAUCAUGUGGUCUAUUAUGUAGGAAUAAAAUUCUCUCAUAAUUCAUGAAAAUGAAGAGGCUUUUUGAAACUAAAACUUAAAUUUAAAGUGACAUUAUUUUCAUGUAACGUAAAUAGUUAAGAAUAAACAGCAAUGUUAUAGUAUACUUUGAAAACAAAGAAUGAAAAUACUAAAAAAAAAUGUAUCUUUUGUAAGUUUAAAA